AUGGCCGACUUUCAGAGAGAUACCUCGUUCAAGACGGUCCAGGUUGAGUCGCUGGUUGUCAUGAAGAUCGUCAAACACUGCGCCGGCACCUUCCCUACCACCGCUACCGGCUCUCUUGUUGGCAUGGACCAAAAUGGCGUUCUCGAGAUAACGAAUACCUUCGCCUUCCCCACGACCGACGUCGCGAGCGUAGACAGCGGCAGCCACCAGAACGACGCAUCCUCUCUGGCCGCCGCUGCACCUCGAGCGAAGGCCAACAUGGUAUACCAGACUGACAUGAUCCGACACCUGAAGGAGGUUAACGUCGACGCGAACAACGUGGGCUGGUACACAAGCGCUACGAUGGGCAACUUUGUCAACCUGGGCUUCAUCGAGAACCAAUACCACUACCAGCGCGACAACGAGCAUACCGUCGCCCUUGUGCACGACGUCAGCCGCAGCUCACAGGGCGCCCUGAGCUUGCGGGCCUUCAAGCUAACACAGAACUUCAUGUCCUCAUACAAGGAGGGCAAGUUCACGACUGAGAGUCUGCAAAAGUCUAAGCUAUCGUUCAAGGACAUUCUCGUCGAAUUCCCGGUCAACAUCCACAACUCGCACCUCCUGACCUCCUUUAUCCACCAACUACCUACCAUUCCCACAGACGCCGACGUAGAGAUGCCGAUCUCGCUUGCCGACCUCCAACGCGACCCGAUCAAGAUGCCCCUCGGCCACUCAGCCGAGGCACUGGACCUCUCGAUAGACCCGUUCCUGGAGAAGACAUGCGACCUCCUGCUCGAAAGCAUCGAGUCGCACUACACCGAGCUCAACAACCACCAGUACUACCAGAGACAGCUUGCGCGCGAACAAACCAAGAUCACAGCAUGGCAGACGAAGCGGAAAGCGGAGAACGCGGCGCGUGUUGCAGCGAAACAACAGCCGCUUCCCGAAGACGAGUGGCAGCGUAUCUUCAAGCUUCCCCAAGAGCCCAACCGGCUGGAGGGCAUGCUGAACGCCAAGCAGGUUGAGCAGUACAGCAAGCAGGUGGAUGGAUUCACGGCCAGCGUCAGCGCCAAGAUGUUUGCGGUCCGUGGGAACCUCCUGCCGGAGUAG